AUGCCGGGCCUCUACGCGCUGGACACCUGGGCGGCUCUGCCGCUGAAGAGCUCCAGCGUGAAGGCUUGUGCCAACGGGUACUCGCUGGGCAUCACCGCCCACCUCGUGUACACCAACCCCCACGAGGAGCCUGUCGAAGGCGUCUUCGUCUACCCGCUGGAGGAGUCGGAGGUGGUGGCGGCCUUCGAGGCGGCGGCGGCGGCCGGCCGGCGGGUGACUUUCCGGAUGCAGGGCCGGCGGCGGGCGCAGGCGUGCUGCCUGCAGCGCGGCCCCGGCCCCGGGCGGCCCCGGCGCUGCGCCGCCGGCCACCUCGUGCUGGACGAGGCCGCGGAGCGCCGCACCUUCGCCAUCGGCACGGGCGCCCUGGGCCCGGCGGAGAGCCUGGCCGUGACCCUGAGCACGGCGCGGGAGCUGGCGACGCUGCCCGGCGGGGCGCUGCGCCUCGCCUUCCCCGCCGUGCUCACGCCCCGCGUCCCCGCCGACGCCGCUGGCGCGGGCGGCCCCGCGGGCCUGUGCGACCGCAGGUCGGCCCUAUGCCCCACCAGCUGCUUCGGCGGCCCCGGCGCGCAGAGCCAGCCGGCGGCCGGCGCGCCGCCCCCGGGCGCCGACGUCCUCCGCGGGCCGCCCUGCAACCCCUUUCCCUACGAGUUCGCCUUCGAGCUGCUGGUGAAGGGCCCCUGCCUGCUGGCGGGCCUGGAGAGCCCGUCCCACGCGCUGCGGGCCGACGCCGACCCCGCGGCCAGCUCGGCCGCCACCGUGUGCGUCACCCUGGCCGAGCGGCACCGCUACGACCGGGACGUGGAGAUCGUCCUCUACCCCUGCGAGCCCCACACCCCCCACCUCGUCAUGGAGCCGGGCGCCAUGACGUACCAGGAGUACGAGGCCCACGUCCGGAGCCGCCGGGAUUACGCCCGGAUAGCCGGCAGGGACGGCGGCGGCCCGAGACAGGCGGCCUUCGUGCAGCGGCGCUUCCACAAGGACAUCUUCCGCAACCCCGUGCUGAUGCUGAACUUCUGCCCCGCCGCCGAGGCCGAGCCCGGCGGCCUGCAGAGCGUCACCCGCGAGGUCCUCUUCCUCCUCGGCCGCGGCGGCGGCACGAGCGGCCCCGACCUCGACAGGCUGAAGGAGGCCGUGCCGGUGGCGCUGAAGAGCCUCCCGUCGGGGACGCUGCUCAACGUGGCCGCCUUCGGCUCCGACGUGAAGCCGCUCUUCCCGGCCAGCCGGCUCUGCGGCAACGACACGCUGCGGCGAGCCUGCGAGCACCUCGGCGGGCUGCGGGCGGACGCGGGCGGCAGCGACCUCCUGGCGGCGCUGAGCUGGGCGCUGGCGCAGCCCCUGCAGCCCGGCUACCCCCGGCAGCUCUUCCUGCUCACCGCCGCCGCCGCCGCCGGGGACGCGGGCCGCAUCCUGCAGCUGGUGCGCCGGCAGGCCAGCACGCUCCGGUGCUUCAGCUUUGGCCUGGGCCCGCGGGCCUGCCGGCGGCUGCUGGCAGGCAUUUCCGAGGUGAGCCGGGGCCGCGCCGAGUUCCUCGGCCCGGCGGAGAGGCUGCAGCCCAAGCUGAUCAAGUCCCUGAAGAAGGCGAUGGAGCCGGCCGUGAGCGACAUCACCGUCGACUGGUACGUCCCCGACAGCCUGGAGGCUCUGCUCUCGCCCACCGAGAUCGCGGCGCUCUACCCCGGCGACCGGCUCAUCAGCUACUGCACCCUCUACAACGUGGCCCGCUUCCGCGACAGGCGCCCGCCGGGCCGGGCUCGCCGGGGCUCCCGGGGCUCGGCGGGCUCCGCGUUCCCCUCCCAGGAGGAGGCGUUGAGCCCGCAGGGCUCCCAGCCGCCGGCGGCCGGCGGGAGCCGCGAGCCGUCCCGAGCCGCCGCCGAGUCCCGCGAGGUCUCCCUGGAGCUCUCCGCCGGCGGCACGGAGGAGUCGGAGAGGAGCGCCGAGCCCGUUUCGGGGGGAGACAUCUGGAAGCGGAUCUACCAGGCGUCGUACAUCCAGGAGCAGUACGUGCUGACGCACUGCUCGGUGAGCACCGACCGCAGCCAGGGGCUGCUCUCCCGCAGCUCCACCAGCAGCGAGUCCACAGGCUCCCGCGAUGUGGCCCCCGACGGCGUCUCCCCGGCCCCUGCCUCCAGCGGCACCUCCCAGCAGGGCCAGAAGAGCGUGUCCAUCUGCGAGUCCUCCACCAAAUCGGCCCCGCUGCCCCAGGCGCCGGCCGGUAUCAAGGUGACGGCGGCCCUGAGUGCCGAGGAGCUGGCGCGGCGGAAGAAGGCGCUGGCGCGAGCUGCCCUGGCCGGCCGCAGCUUCUCCUCACCACAUGGAGAGCUGGACGCGCACCGGCUCUGCCAGGCCCUGGAGAAGGUGUCGCAGAAGAGGAACCAGUCGCUGGAGGGGAAGCUGGAUGAGCUGGGCCCCAAGAUGCAGCGGCUGCAGAGGAGCAUGGUGGAUUCAAACAACCUCCUCUCGCCCACCCACCUGGACUGGGACAUGCUGGUGGAGCCCUCCUACCUCUUCAGUGCGUCCCCGGCGUCCGAGGCGAGGGAGCUCAGCCAGGGUGACAGCAGCCCACCGCUGCGCUGCCAAGUGGUGAUCCACGGGCUGCAAGCGGGGAAGCCCGUGUCCUGGGAAGUCACGGCCUCGCUGGAAGCACUGUUCCGGCCCCGGGAUGGAAUGGACGAAGAGGAGCUCCCGCCGCGGGUUGGCAAGAUCUGGGACAAACCGCUGCACCGCUUGGCAGCCCGCUCCGUUGUCCGGGACCACGAGAACGCAGCGCAGCGGGAAGCGGAGCUGCAGCAGGGUUUCGCCCGAAGGUUUCGCCUCAAGGCCAUGCAAACCAGCAAAGCCUGCAACGUGCCUUCGCUCUACACCUGCGUGGUGCCCGUGGAUGGCGCCACCCAGGCAGCCCUGCCCGGCGCCCUGGAGGUGUGGAGCGCAGCCACCUCUGCCAGCCACCAGCGAGCAGGGAGCUGCCACCGCAGGAGUCACUCGGUGGGUUUGGGCCGGCAGCAGGAUACGGAGGAGCAGGAUGAGCCUCUCCUCGCCGCAGAGCAAGAUGAGAUCCCUGGGUCUCUGGCCAGCAUAUCCUCUGCGACCUCCAGCUGGGAAAAGCGGAACAGCCCUAAUGGGUCUCCAACCAGCCCUUCCACUGCCUCCACGGGCUCCCAGAAAUCCUCUGAGAGUGUUGCUGGCUCCAGGUUUAACCUGAGCAGACGCAGGGGGCCCAGCCUGGCACUGCGCCCGCACUGCCUCAGCCCGGAAAGCGAGUGCACGAGCAACAACGCGAGCCACGACUACCUCCCACUGGUGCAGCUGCAGCAAGCCCAGGGCCCCUUCCAGCUCACGGAGAGCUUCUCCGAAGUGGUGCAGAUCCCCUUGGACCGCCUGCGCCGCGCCUCUCCAUAUGCCUCCCACCGAGCCAGCCUCAGCCCUGCGUCCCCAGGGGCCAAGAGCAGCCCCGAGGCAGGGCCCUCCAUGGGAGGUGAGGAGCCAGCUGGCAUCCUGGAGCCCGGCUCACCCCAGUCCCACAGCACCUGCUCCGAGGUGCCCAGCGUGGCUGUGUGGGCGCAGGCGGACAGCGGGCACGGCUCUGAGUCAGACACCGGCCCCCACUCAGCUGCCCCCUCCGAGGCCAGCAUGAACUGGCAGGAUGUGGGGCUGGAGGACCUGGAAAGUGCCAGCUGGGCCACGGCAGUGGCCUUGGCAUGGCUGGAGCACCGCUGUGCUGGCCUCUUUGAGGAGUGGGAACUGGUGGCAGCCAAGGCGGAUGCAUGGCUGCAGGCCCAGCGGCUGCCCGAAGGGGUGGACGUGGGCUGCCUCAAAGGGGCGGCCAGGCACUUGUUCCUCCUGCUGCGUCACUGGGAUGAGAACAUCAAGCUGAAUAUGCUGUGCUACAACCCCAGCAACGUGUGAUGACUGGAAGACGGGGCCAA